CACUCAUCCAACAGUACCUCCUUUUUAAUUUCCAAUGUUAAAAGGAGUCUCCACUUUUCUUUACCAUAUGGCCGAUAGUCUUUCCAAACAUACACCGUGUCUCUGAGUUCGUGGAGUUCUUGAUCCAGUCCCUUCCUUCUGGCCUCUUGCUGACACCACUGUAGUGCACUUUUUCUGCCGAGUACCUCGGCCUGGUCGAAAGCUGAAUUGAACCGUGCCACGAGGGUGCUUAUAUCCGGCUCAGCAUCCUUGAACCACAGCAUUUCCAUAGUCUCACGGUACCUUUGCACAAUGGCAUCCCUUGUUGCUAGGGCAUUGCUCAGUUCACAGUUAUCGUCCGUUGGGUCUAUCUGUCCCAGUUCUUCAAUAUAUUCAUUGCUGGCAUCGACGAAAAACCAUAAUCGCUCUUCAAUCCUGUCACCUCUUUCGACAGUUCAUCAAGGUGACCAGCGUUAACUUUGAGACGAUUAAAACGUGUUGUCAAGCCCCGCUGCGCAUUCAAUAGCCUCCGCUGUAGGCUUUCCAGAUCUGGCUUGUCAUCUGCCAUUUUACUUCUUUGAACUCCUGACUCACUCCGGAAUUGGAAUUGAUUGGAGUUGAUUCUCUGGUUUGUUGCCAAUGACUCGUUCAAAGGAUUCAGUUCUUUGCAAACGACACGUCCACGAAUGGCACACGAAUGUCCACGCCCCAAGCUGUCGACGUCACAAUGUCACAGUCUCUUUGUGAGGCUCUUCGCCAAGAAGAGCUUUGUAUUCCUUGUGCAAUCUCUUUAUUAUGCACCAAUCAACGUUAGUCUGUAAGAUUUUGGAAGCUGUUGUGAACCUUUGUUUAAUUUAGAUCCGAGGAACAGGCCAUUUUUCAAGGCGUCUUCAUAGUCAAGGAUGAAGACGUUGCUACAUUUGUGGACCACAUACACAGGACAUCCAAACAUGUAAAACUGCAGACUAUAAUUAUAUAUGUAUAUAUAUAUAUAUACACACACACAUCACUACAAUAACCUCCUACUGAAGGAUUUGUAAAGGUGAGUCUUUUGACCAUUUUCAUCAACCAUUUUAGGUCUCUGGGAGAGGUGUUUGUGGAGGGGAGUGGUCAGCAGCUAGAGAGACCUCCCAAAGAUCCACCAGCAAGGUAGAUGAGGAGGGACUGGAGCUUGUGGUGUGUAGGCAUGGUGUUCUGCUGCGUGCUCUCAAUAUGUACAGGGGAGAAAUGUUUGCUUAUCCCCUGUAUUUGCAAGAAAAGCUUGCCAGCAGGCAAAUCACUUUCUUCUGUAUGGAUGUGACCUGCAAGUAUUGGCCCUACCUCUAAAAAGCUCCAGCCCCUCCUCAGCAUGAAGCCGUUCCUGUCUGUAUUUCAUGCCAAAGCUCAUGAUUUCAAAUGCGAGGUCAAAUGGAGUGGGGCAUAUCAGGAAGGGGCUGGCCUAACACUAGGCGAGGAGGUUGAGCAGUGCAAUGCCUUCCUCUCUAGGAUUGCAGUGACCACAAAGCACAUGUCAAAAGCUGGACGCACAGACAUGCUGACUCUCUUGGCCAUGCGCUGGAAUCAGCAAAAGUUGGACAAUUUGGUCACCUCACUGUCUCACAGAUAUCACAAGACCAUACAAUCUCUACAAAGCAAGGAACAGAAUGUUGAGUCCAUGAAAGCUCAGUUGGCAGUGACAGAGAGCCAUUUGGAAGACUGGGUCAGUGAUGUCAAAGAGUGGGCAGAAGCAACAACAAACACAAGCACAAAUGAUGUGGAUGCCUUGGCCAGUAGAAUCGAGGUGCUGGUGACCAGUAUAAAGAGACGCUCACAGCGUCUUUAUAAAGAUACUGACGGCAACAAAGGUCAUGCCAGGAUCCGCCGCAAAAUCAGGGAGGAGAAGGGGAUCCUGACCUCUGUUGUGGAGAAAUACAACAAAAUAGUUCCAAGCACAGAAAGUCUUUGCAUGGAAACCAUUGUGUCUGGCGAGACAGCUUGGCCAUGGCAGCUACCACACAGUGGUAUGACACACAAACACAGAACCAGUACCCUCAAAUGA